UAAUACAUUUGCUAUUUGAAUAUACAGUAAAAAUAUAUCUCUUUUUAAUCAAUUGCUUGGAGACCACUAAACUGACGACACUUUUUUAUAAAUUAUAUAUUCAUUCAAUUGAUUCAUCCAUUAAAUAAUUAUUAUUAAAAAAUAAAAUAAUAAUAAUAAUAAUGUCAUCGUUUAAGUUGGAAAAAGUAUUGAUCAGCGAUGCCUGCGAUCCAUCAGUGGUCGACAUAUUGAAGUCAAGAGAUAUCAGGUGCGACAUCAAGACUGGUCUACCCAAAGAACAGCUCAUCGAUACUAUUAAAGAUUACGAUGCCUUAAUUGUCCGAUCAAACACCCAGGUAACUGCCGAUGUUAUAGCUGCCGGUAAAAAAUUGAAGGUUAUCGGUCGGGCCGGUGUCGGUGUCGACAAUAUCGAUGUCCAGGCAGCCAAACAACUGGGCGUCAGUGUAAUCAACGCACCGGGAGGUAACAGUAUCAGUGCCGCUGAGCUAACCUGUACGAUGUUGCUAUCAGUAUCCAGACACUUGGCCCAGGCCUGUGCCUCAUUGAAAAACGGUGUCUGGGAUCGUAAAAGUUUUUCGGGUAACGAAGUUUACGGCAAAACACUGGCCAUUAUCGGCUUGGGUCGUAUCGGUCGCGAAGUGGCCGCCCGUAUGCAGGCGUUCGGCAUGAAAACCAUUGGCUUUGAUCCGCUAGUUUCGGCCGAAACUAGCCAAACGUUUGGUGUGGAAACUGUAGCGCUGGACAAACUGUGGCCACUGGCCGACUAUAUAACAGUUCAUACGCCGCUUAUACCGCAAACAAAAAACCUACUGAACGACACAACCAUAGCCCAGUGCAAAAAAGGUGUCCGCAUUGUUAACGUUGCCCGCGGCGGUAUUGUCGACGAGGAAGCCCUGUUACGUGGACUACAGUCCGGUCAGGUAGGCGGCGCCGGCCUCGACGUCUACGAAGAGGAACCGCCCAGCCGUAGCCAAUUGAUCGGCCAUCCGAAAGUCAUAUGUACACCGCAUUUGGGCGCCAGUACUAAGGAGGCCCAGAUCAAUGUGGCCAAAGAGAUUGCCUACCAGUUUAUCGAUAUGAUUGAUGGCAAACCAGUUGCCGGCAAAGUGUGCUAAAUAUAUAUACAUUAUAUAUAUAUAUAUAUAUAUA